AUGGUAGAUCAGAUUUUCAGGUCUUCACUGCCCUCUGUGGCCCUCCCGCGCAGGUCCAUAUUCACCCACCUUCUCGGAACUUGUCCCCGCACACCGGACCUCGUGGGUGGUUUCCCCGCCUCUGCACCAGCUUUCAUCGACUCGGUAACUGGAUCGACCAUUUCACGCGGGGCGCUUCGUUCUUUUGCCCUCCAGCUCGCCUUCUCCCUCCAAACCCCACCAAACCCUCUCAAAGCCCUUAUCCAUGCAGCUACCCCGCCAGUCGUACUCAUCUUCUCCCCAAAUAGCAUCGUCUGGCCAAUCAUGCUAUUCGGUGCCGCUGCGGCCGGUUUUCGCACUACCCUGGCUAACAGCGCGUAUACCCCAAAUGAACUGAAGUACCAGUACCUCGACUCCGGUGCACGAUUAAUCUUUGCUCACCCGUCCCUCUUCGGCAUUGUACAGGAGAUGCUUACGUCCAUAGGCUAUUCCGAGUCAGAUAUACGUUCCACCGUCGUCCUGGCAACCUCAGCUUGGUUCACGAACACACUUGACCCUAAUACCAACCGAGAGUUCUCCAACUUGACUCGCCUCGAGGACCUUCUCGGUCGUGGGGAACUUGCCUCAGAAGUCAGCUUUGACGGUGAACGGUCCAACGACACGUUUUGUUUGUGUUACUCGUCAGGAACAACUGGCAAACCCAAGGGUGUAGAAACCACGCACUAUAACCUCACGUCCGUAAUCGAUAUCGUCAAGCCAGUUUGGCCACCCAAAGAUAAACUCCCGGACGUCUUCCUUGGUUCUCUUCCCUAUUACCACAUAUACGGCGCAGCAAAGCUCUUGCUUCUUCCCGUUGCACUGUGCGCUCCAACAGUCGUGGUCGCUGGGUUCGAACCCGACGAGUUCCUAGGGGCAAUCGCCAAGUACCGAGCAACUUAUGUGCUAGUUGUCCCCCCAAUAUUAGUGGUAUUCGCUCGUCAUCCAGCCAUUCGUAAAUAUGACCUCACGUCUCUUCGUAUGAUAUUUUGCGGAGCUGCGCCACUUAGUCCGGACCUCGUCAGGGUUGUCAGGGAGCGCCUCCAAAGCACUGGAUCAAAUGUCGUUAUCACGCAGGGAUAUGGGCUUACGGAGACGUCGCCAACGGUGUUUAUACUGCCUCUUGAACACGCAAGCGAUCGUGUUGGCUCUGUAGGACUGCUACUUCCCAAUCUCGAGGUUCGUCUGGUCCGGGAGAACGGUGGAGAGAUGUUGACUGAUAUCGAGGGUGCUGGCGAAUUGUGGGUCAGAGGACCAACUAUAAUGAAGGGGUACCUUAAUAACCCAACUGCAACUGCAGCUGCCAUCACACCGGAUGGAUGGUUGAAAACUGGGGAUAUUGCUGUCCGCGACAGCGGUGGAUUCUUUGCGAUCGUGGACAGGCGGAAGGAGCUGAUCAAAUACAAGGGGUUUCAAGGCGAGUCACUGCCACCUGCGGAACUCGAAUCAGUACUCUUGCAGCAUCCAGAUGUGGCGGACACAGCAGUGAUUGGAGUACAUAGUGAGGAGGAAGCGACCGAGCUACCCAGGGCAUAUGUCGUUCCGGCGAAAGCUGUCCCCGAGAACGACGCCCUAUCCUUCUCAUUGGGUAUACAACGUUGGGUUGCCUCAAGGGUUGCUCCACACAAGAAAUUACGUGGUGGAAUCGUAUUGGUUAAACAGGUCCCGAAGAGCGCUGCUGGGAAAAUUCUUCGUCGUGAACUCCGCGAUCGGGCAAAGAAUGACGUGGCAUUCGGUCAAGUUCGGGCCCGCGCCAAGUUGUAA